AUGUGGCAGAAGCAGCAGGUGGAGGAGGGCGUGAAGCUGGAGAUGGCGGUUCUGGCCAGCUACCUUGAGAUCUACCAGGAGAAGAUGUUCGACUUGUUGGUCAGCACCCGAACUGACCUGCAAGUCAGGCUGCAUCCGACCCUGGGACCGCAUGUCCCUGGCCUCAUCCAGAGCCCCGUGACCAACAGCAAGGAGGUGAACGAGCUACUGGACUUUGGCGCCAAGAACCGUGCGGUAGGUGCCACCAGCAUGAACGCCAACUCCUCGCGGUCCCACGCCAUUUUCACCUUGGACAUCCGGCUGAGCUACUCGGGGUCCAAGGGGAAGGAUCUGCAGUCGAGGAUUCACUUCGUGGACCUAGCAGGCAGCGAGAAGCAGAAGAAGACCCAUGCCUCCGGCGAGCGGCUGCAGGAAGGCAUUGCCAUCAACCAGUCGCUGUCGUCACUGAGCCGCGUCAUUCAGGCGCUGGCCGGGACCAGCGGCAUCCAGCCGGUCUUCCGGGAGUCCAAGUUGACGCUGCUGCUGAAGGAGGCGCUGAGUGGCAACAGCCGCACGGUCUUGCUGGCCUGCAUCAGCCCAGCGCGGUCCAACCACGACGAGUCCGUCAGCACCUUGGAGUUCGCCGCCCGGUGCAAGCUGAUCAAGACCCAUGCGAAGAAGAACGAGCAGGACAAGAAGGUUCUGAUCGAGACACUGGCCAAGGAGAAGGAGGAUGUUGAGGGUCGCCUGGAGGCGGAAAGGCAGCAGAAGCUCCUGCUCCAACAAGAGCUCGAGAGGGAAAGAGAAGAGGUCAGAGAGAAGCAGGAAUUUGCGCGGAGCGUGCAGGAGGAGAAGCAGCGCAUCGAAGAAAUGCUGCGAAAGCUCCAGGACGAGCAGGAGAAUCAGAAGGGCAAGGAUGAGGCGCAGAAAGGAGAGCUUGAACGCAUCCAGCAGAAGAAGGCGGAAGAGGAGAGUGAGCGGAUGAAGCUCCAGGCAGAGCUUCUCCAGCUGCGCCGCAAGGAGGAGGAGGAGAGGCAGCGCCUGGAGGCCGAGCGCGCCAGCGAGGAAAGAAAUCGGAAGCUCCUCCAAGAGGCACUGACAGAAAGCGAGAAGCGCGAGAGGGACUUAAAGAACAAGGCGGAAGGCCUUGAAAACCUCAAGGACAGCUUUCAAGCUGAUAUGGAGAAGAAAGCACAGGAGCACAAGAUGCAGAGGGACAACCACCUGAAGAAGCUCGGAAUUGCUGGACUCGAGGCGUUCGAGGACAGCAGCACAACUCCGUAUUUGGUGAACAUGAACCCUGACAAAUCCCUGGAGGGCUGCCUCAUGAUCUACUUGCCACUGGGCGAGACGCGGAUCGGCGCCGACUUCGAGAAGUGCAAUGUGUGCCUCACAGGCGUGGAGGUGGCCAAAGAGGUCUGUGUCAUCACGCGGGAGAAGGAGAAGGAAGGGACAGAAGAGCCUGAGAAGAUGCAGGUGGAGCGCCUAGGAGAUGCCUUGGUCCGCGUGAACGGGUGUCAAGUGGAGGGCAGCAGUGACCUGGAGAGCGGGGACCGACUGGCCAUCGGCCGGGCGCACAUCUUCCGCGUGGUGAUCCCAGGCAGCAGCUCAGAAGAGACGGUGGAAAGCAACUUUGAGAAGGCCAUGAAAGAGCUGCAGGACAAGAGCCAGGUGGACCCACGUUGGCGAGGAGCGGUGGAUGAAGCGGUCAUGAUCGUGAAGCGAGACAAAGGCACCGAAGAGGCCCGGCUUUCGGGUUGCCUUUCUUAUUCGGGCGAGCAUCGGAUCUUCGCCUAA